AUGAUUAAUACAAAGGAUAUCACUAAGGUCUCUCUAGCUCAGUUUCUGAGAUUUUACAAACAGCCCAUAAGUGAAGAACAAGCCUGGGCUAUUUGCUUCCACUGUUGUUGUAAAAUGGAUCAGAUAUUAGCUCAAGGAUUGGAUUCUGUAGUACAAAUGAUGAUUCUAGAUAUUGAUAACCUCUAUAUCCAUUCUGAUGGUAGUAUAUCUUUCACUAUCAAACAUAACUAUGAUGAUCAUUUAAAUCAACAAUCAAGAGAGAUUUUAGAAGAUAAGUUGGCAGAAUUAUUAGGAAAAGCGAUCUAUAAAGCUCUGGACUGGGGAAUCGAGAGCCACAUGGAGAGAGAGCUGAGUGAGUCACUGGCAAAGCUAAUAUCCUUCAUGCUCAAACUGAACACAGAGACCUCAAAAGCCACAGUUGCUUUCCAGGACGUAAUCAAGAUCUGUGAGGAUCACUUCCACAGACCUUCCGAAGCUGCCAGUCACUAUACAGCCAUCUGCCAAAUGCUCUUCUCUGAGUACAUUGAGCUUCAGAAACUCAUGUUAACCAUACAGAGUUGCAAAGAGUAUUUGGGAAGAAUGGAUGUUGAAGACUGUUCUGCCAGGCAGAAGACAAACAAUUGGGAUGGCUUGUGGUAGGAUGUACUUGGUUACUUGCAGAACAGUGUGAGGCUGCAGAAGGCCAUGGAGCAAACUCUGCACAGUGUUCCUCCAGGAGAAGGGAUCCAUUCAUCCUACAGCAUGGUGGUGGAUGAUAUCAAAAACAAACGCUACAGCCUCCAUGCAGUAUCAGCACGGAAAUUGAAGGAGAAAGUCUUCCAAGAAUUCAGCCUGCAUGAUCGGCUCAUGAUGGAAGUGAAAAAUCCACCCAAACUUCGACCAAUCUUUGUACAGAAAGCUAGCAACAAUUAUAAGGGAGAUAUUCAGAAGUUCAUCUUGAAUUCUCCACAUGAUAGUAUCUUCUCUGAACAAAACAUCAACACAAUAGACUUCUCAAAAUCUGAAAAAACAGCACUGAGCUGGAUUCAGUCAGAUCUGGAACUAAAGAAGACAUGUUCAAGAUGGUCAUUACCAAGCAUUGCAGAUUUGAUGGGAACAAGAUAUUUAGAAAUAAAAGAUUCUUGCCAAAGAGAAAGAGGCAAUGUGCCUUCAAGGGCUGAGCUUUGCCUCCUUUGUAACAACAAGUUCUUUAUAUGGCCCUAUAUGUGUCAUCUCUGUAGUAGUGUGAUCUGCAAAGAUUGCUGCAUCAAAAUGUCUAUGCCAGUAAGACCUUGUGUACGCCUUCCACUUAAUUUCUUUAAAGUGAUACAACUGGGCAAGGAAGAUGAUCAGGGCCUGCACAACCAAAAAGCUUCACAGCUGUUGUUUGAAGCAGAACAGUGGGAUUCAUCAAGAGUACCUCUUGUGUUUGAACCCCAUCGCUUAAUACCACCCCUUGCCUGCUGCAUGAAAAGUAUGAUGGAUUGGCCUUCCAUGGACAUCUGUACCAAAUGUGAGCAGUACCUUCUGGAGAUUCUUUCCCAUCAGCCUCCUUGUAGGAAACGGCCCCUGUCAUGGACUGAAUUGGAAUAA